CCAAUACCUAACAGUCUAUGAUAUCAGAGAUGAAAUCAUUACUUAUUACAUGACGUUCAAGUCAUCAUCUAUGAUAAAAUAUGUCUCUCCGACAUCUACAGUGUCUCGCCUAUUUAAAUGAGAUUAGUCAAUGGCAAUUGAAGACUCGUAAGAUCAGUUAGGAAUCUUAUUCCUGAGCACCUCAUGCAUAUAAGCUUCUUAUAGUAAUUCGCAAAUCUUUACUCUGAUAUCAUGUCUCGAUCUGUACUCACCAAGGCAUUUAGACUAUCUAACAUCAACCCUCGCAAAUCGUCCCUCCGGAUCGUUUGUCUAAAGGGUCCUGCCGCCGCCAAUAAGAGAUCAAUCAACUCAGAGACUAUCUCUAAGGUUACAGCCAAAGAGAAGGAGCUUACGGGCUCAGACGAGCCUGUACCGGGCGGUCCUACGGCCCAAGCCCAGAAGCAUGCUGGCGAUCGCGUCAACAGGAAAGUGGUGUCCGACAUUACCAAAGGAGAGAAGAAAGUGACAGGCCGGGAAACGCUUGUGAAGGGCGGCCCAGGGGCUUAUGCACAAAGUAUCGCCACCUCUGCAUCCAACCCACAGCCAGAACACUCGGGUCGCCUCAACUCGGAGACCAUCUCUGCGAUUACAGAGGCGGAGAAGGAAUUGACCGGCCAGGACAAACCGGUAACAGGCGGUCCUACUGCAAAAGCUCAGAGUCAUACUGGCGAGCCAAUCAAUAGUCAGAACUUACACGAUAUCACCGAGGGCGAGAAACAAGUUACUGGCGGUGCUCGGGUCAAGGGUGGUCCUACAUCCACAGCACAGAGCGAAUUGGCUAAGAGUCGCAAGUCAACUUGAUGGCAUUGUAAGGUGAAAAGAACACGUCAAUCAUGAAAAAAGGAGAGGGGUUUACAAAUGAAUGUAUAAUAAUGGACGAAGUAUGGAUGAAAAAUAAAAUGACAA